AUGGCUGGGGCUCAAGCGGAAGCAUUUAAGCCUGAGGCACACGGGUCAACGUCAGCUCCUCAAGCACAUGCGCUUGUCAAUUGUGCUCUACCAUCGUCAGCAUUCGAGCAAUGUAACGCCAGCUGUGACUGGUUCCCGGAACCUGUGUUCGAUUGCGACGAUGACUUGGCACGUCCUUCAAAUGUGUCCUCGCACGGUCUUGUCCCUCAGCAGUUCCUGCGCAAUAAUGACCUGAUCAGCACUAUCCAGAGUCUGAGUGGACAGAUAGCGGCCCAAUCCACGGCAUAUGCUACCCUCGCGCAUGCUCAUGAGACCCUCGUGCAAGAGAAACUGCAGAGCGAUCAAAGUCGCGAUACAGCAAUUGCGCAUGGUAAUGUGCUGCAGGAUCAGCUACGUCAGGCUCAGUGUAACCUCGCUGCAUACAUUUUGCACAUUGAAGAGCUUCGAAGGAACAUCACAAGCAAGGAUGAUACGAUCACGGUGUUGAGGGACUACAACCGUCAUUAUACUGAGCAGCAAGCCGAACUCACUCGCGUUUUGCUCAAUAUCGCGCAAUCGUGUGGCUCACAAGAACUCGAGACCCACCAAGGCGCUCUGUGGCGUGCUCAUUGUGGCGUGAGCGGCUUUCCGACCAAUGCAACUCCAACUGCGGUAUCAUGCGCACAGCCAUAUCAGUCAGAUGGCGGAGCUGGACCCUCAAUGCUCAACGCGUCAUCGCAGCUGAAUGCCGUAGACUCAGUCUUGCCCCAUCCACAGCCUGCACAUCAUCAGGUCAACAACAACCAGGACGCUUUCCUACCAGCUAUUGCCCCACGGACAGAAAUGAACCAAAAUGUACUUCCCCCGAAGAAGUCUCGGUCGAAAAGUAAGAAAGAGGUGAAGGGCCAGUGUUAG